GCUGCCUGGAGCCUGAAAACACGAGCUUUGACAGAAAUGGUGUAUGUGGACGAAAUUGAUCUGGAUCAGGAGGGCAUUGCGGAGAUGAUGCUAGAUGAAAAUGCCAUUGCUCAAGUCGCACGGCCAGGAACAUCUUUGAAACUCCCUGGAACCAGCCAAGGUGGAGGGCCCAGCCCAGCUGUUAGGCCAGUAACUCAGUCAGGAAGACCUAUUACAGGAUUUGUGAGGCCCAGCACGCAGGGUGGGCGGCCAGGCACGAUGGAGCAGGCCCUACGAACGCCCCGAACGGCUCUCACGGCUCGGCCGGUCAGCAGCGCCUCGGGGAGGUGCGGCAGGCUGGGCACGGCUUCAAUGAUAACAAAUCCAGAUGGCCCUUUCAUAAAUCUGUCUCGUCUGAAUUUAGGAAAAUAUGCUCAGAAACCCAAACUGGCAAAGGCACUGUUUGAAUAUAUUUUUCACCAUGAAAAUGACGUAAAAAAUGCUCUAGAUUUGGCAGCCCUUGCCACAGAGCACGCACAGUUCAAGGACUGGUGGUGGAAAGUCCAGAUUGGGAAGUGCUACUAUAGGUUAGGACUGUAUCGUGAAGCUGAAAAACAAUUUAAGUCAGCUCUCAAACAGCAGGACAUGCUUGAUACAAUCUUGUAUUUGGCAAAA